AUGCUGGCCCCUGAAGGUAAAGGAUGGAUUGAUUUCAUCCGGGCUACACACGCAGCAACGCUAUUUGGAAACGGUCUUGGUGGUUUGAUCCAGACCACCUCAACAAACCAAUGCAAAUACUGGUCUCGUCUUCCUAAAGAUAAUUCCUACCUCGCAGUCGCCAUCCCCGAUUUGAGAAGAAUACUGGAAAUUUAUGGCAGGGAUAACGCUAGCAGUAUUGAGAUUGCUAAAGGAGUUAUUUGGCACAGCCCUGGAGAGCUUUUUGUUUCUUGUCGAUGCAAAAGCGCAUUAACAAAGGAUCAUUGUGAUCCGGUAAAGACAUUUUCCCCCAAUAAUCUUGCGGCCAAACUACUGCCUAGAGGUCCUUUGUCUUUGGAUAACCAUGGUGCAUACAUCUUUGGGUACAACCCUCUUUUCGAUUGGAAUUGGGGAGACACGGGUGAUCCUCAGGAGGCAGGAAGUGAAGUAUCUUUACCGUCGCUCGAGCAAGCGGUCAAUAACGACAGCACGAAGACAAAAUCGUCAUCAUCGAUUGAGGAAUCAACAAUGCAAAACCUGUCAGCUGACUCUUCCAUAACAUCUCUAUCGUCCGAGACAAGUAGGGCAGCAACAGAAGAUCGCAUUCAAAAGCAGUAUACCGUUGGGAUAAUCUGCCCCUUGCCCAAAGAGUUUAUGGCUAUUCGCAUAUUGCUCGACGAAGUCCAUGAAGCAGUUUACACUGCAGAAGAAGACACCAACCACUAUAUUCUAGGUCGAAUAGGGUGUCAUAAUGUUGUGGCAACCUGCCUUCCCUCUGGAGAAUACGGGACAAAUUCUGCUGCCAUUACAGCAUCUGGUAUGAAAUCGAGCUUUCCAAAAGUCAGAUUCUGUCUCUUAGUGGGCAUUGGGGGCGGCGUAUCUUCUGAUAAGAACGAUGUACGUCUAGGAGAUGUCGUUGUCAGCCACCCAGAACGUAAUUUGCCAGGCGUGAUACAAUACGACCUGGCUAAGGCGCUUCAGAACAACAUUUUCGAGUUAACUGGCACAUUGCGGCCGCCUCCACGAGUCUUGCUGAGCGCCAUUAGUCACCUCAAGUCAGAUCCGCAAACUGAUAAGUCUCUUGCCAAGUAUCUGAAGGAUAUUGAAGAGUGCAGAAAUGAGUAUCGUCGCCCUAUUCAAGAUCAGGACCGUUGUUCUGGGACUCACCCAGCCGUACAUUACGGGCUCAUCGCAUCUGGUAAUCUCGUCAUCAAAGACACACAGACUCGAGAUCGACUAGCAAGGGAGUAUGGCGCGAUUUGCUUUGAGAUGGAGGCUGCAGGCGUCAUGAAUGUGUUGCCAUGUCUGGUGAUUCGAGGAAUAUCUGACUACGCAAAUCCCCAGAAAAACAACGUUUGGCAGGAGUAUGCCGCAGCUGCCGCGGCUUCGUAUGCUAAAUUGUUUUUAUCUGUGGUGAAACCGCUUGAGGAUGCGGAGGAGCGUGGGCUUACAGCGCCACGGAAAAGGAAGUCUUCGCCAGCGGAGUUGUCAUCGCGCUCAAUGAAAAGAUGA